AUGGGAAAAGGGGUAGGGGGAAGAGGGCUUUUUGUAAAGAUAUACUUUAUUGGAAAGAUUUCAUUUACAUGUAAUUGUAUCAUCAAUUGUAUUACAGAUGCGGAGGACGAUUAUGAUUUUGUGGUCGUCAAUUUCUACCAUUUUGUGUUCAUCAAAGACCCACAAGCUGAAGUCGCCAAACACCGUUCUUUCUUGGAAUUGCAGGGCCUCGACAUUAAUGGAAGAAUCUAUCUGAAUGAACAGGGGAUUAAUGCCCAGUAUAGUGGGCCAUCAAAAGAUGCUAUGGCGUAUGUCAACUGGUUAAGAGCCGAUAACAGGUUUUCUGAGAUAUUGGUUCAGAUAUCUCCAUCAGAAUUUGGACAUACCUUUCCAGCAUUGAAAUUGCGUUAUAAGCCUUCAUUGGUGCAGUUUGAAGGUGAUAUGUCACAUCUUUCAUUGCUUGAUCCUUCCAUGCGUGCAAUACCUUUAUCACCAUCAGAAUGGAAAGAAAGAUUGGAAGCAAUCAAUGAAACAGAUCUUACAGCAAAAGAUUAUCAUAACAGAAAUUCCAUUCUAUUGGAUGUCAGAAAUGGUUAUGAGUGGGAUAUUGGACAUUUUCGUGGAGCUCAGCGACCUAGUGUGGACUGCUUUAGGAACACUUCAUUUGGUCUAUCUCAGGAAGAGAUCACUGCUUCAGAUCCUUUAUUAAAUGUGGAUAAAGAAAAAGCAAGCAUAUUGAUGUAUUGCACUGGAGGGAUUCGAUGUGAUGUAUAUUCUACAAUAUUAAGGAAGCAAGGAUUUCAGAAUUUAUAUACUCUGAAAGGAGGUGUUUCUCAUUAUUUAAAGAAUGAAGGUCCUGCUGAAUGGGUAGGAAAUUUAUUUGUAUUUGACUCCCGUCUGUCUCUCCCUCCUUCUAUUUACUAUACUGGGGCCACAAUCAAAGCAGAAUCAACUGCAGUUUCUGGAGAUGAUAAGUUUGCAAAAUGCUAUGUAUGUAGUUUCGAAGUCAGUGAAUUGAAACAUAGGAACUGUGCAAAUCUUGAUUGUAAUUUGCUUUUUCUAUGCUGUAGAAAAUGUGUAAAGGAUCUAAAAGGUUGUUGCUGUUUGACGUGCACUACUGCUCCUCGGCUUAGACCUGUUUUAAAUGGAAUGCAGAGAUACAAAAAAUGGCACAACUAUCGGGAUAUGGAUCCGCUAGAGCAAUGA